UCCAAAUCCCUCAAGUAGCAAAGGGCAUCUCUUUCCCCUUCCAUCUCUGCAAGAUAGACUGUUUUUAUUAUCUCACGCAGUUUCUCCUCCCUCUUGUCGAACGCACCAUGGUGUUUGGUUUUUUUGAAAAGCAUUUUGAAGCAAAGGAUAUCCCUGACCUUUCUGGAAAGGUCGCCAUCGUCACGGGUGGAAACACUGGGAUCGGAUACCAGUCUGUGCUCCACCUCGCAGAUCACAAUGCCAAAGUUUACUUGGCGGCUCGUACCGAAGCCCGUGCUCUUGAGGCUAUCGCCAAGAUCAAGGAGCAGAUCCCCCAUGCCAACGUCGUUUUCCUCAAGAUGGAUUUGAUGGAUCUGGCUUCGGUUAAAGAAGCUUCAAAGCAGUUCAAAGAAAAGGAGACGAGACUCGACAUACUUCUCAACAAUGCCGGUAUCAUGGCGGUUCCCUACGAGAUCAGCAAGGACGGUCUCGAAGUCCAAUUCCAGACUAAUCACAUGGGACAUUUCCUGUUUACACAUGAGCUGCUUCCAACCCUUAUUAGCACUUCGAAACUCCCUGCAUCCUCCGUCCGUAUCGUAAACGUUUCCUCUAUGGCUCACAAUAUCUUGGCCAGCACGUAUCAGUUCGAGACAGUAGAGCAAGCGAAUCGUGAUUUUGGCAGCACCUGGACGCGUUACUCCCAAUCAAAAACUGCCAAUAUUCUUUUCACAACUGGCUUGGAAAAGCACCUGAAAAGUGAGAAGAUCUUUGCCAACUCGUUGCACCCGGGUGCCGUGGAUACAGAGCUCAGUCGUGGUCCCGCAGCGACAUACGGUAAACUUUUUGGAGGCAUCUACAGUGCGUUCAGCAGGGUCGCUCUUGUAAGCUCCUACAAGGGCGCCCUUACGUCUCUUUACUGUGCCACAAGUCCAGAAAUUGAAGAAAAGAAUCUCCGAGCAAAAUACUUUGUGCCUAUUGCCAAGGUUGCGACACCGAGCGCACAGGCCCAAGAUGAAAAACUGGCCGACCAGCUCUGGGAUCUGUCCAUAAAGUUUUUGAAGGAAAAGGGCUUCAUUAGCGCAUAGAAGAUUGCUAAUUUAUAUUUUUAUUUGAGUCUUACUGCUGGUAGUCUAUGAAAGUAUUAUAUGCCUGAUUAUGUCUGUAUCUAUGAAGUAAUAUUAGUUGAUGCUAGCUAGUACUUUUUUUCAUGAGAUCUCCGAGGUCGCGCAUAUAAAUCAUGAAUCGACUUCACCGUGGCACUAGAAAAGUUCUGAUGCCAAGACAGUCC